AUGGCGGACGGAAUCAGUCACAAAUAUGUGGUUGUGGGAUGUGAGGGCAUCCAAAUCAAUGGCAGCUUCUACCUUAAUAAGCUGAAGUACCUGUCUUUCCUGCGUAAGAGGAUAAACACCAACCCCUCUCGAGGACCAUACCACUUUAGAGCUCCCAGCAAGAACUUCUGGAGGACAGUCAGAGGUCACAAAGUUGUGGUUGUCAGAUGUGAGGGCAUCCAAAUCUCUGGCAGUUUCUACUGCAACAAGCUGAAGUACCUGUCAUUACUGCGCAAGACGAUAAACACCAACCCCUCUCGUGGACCGUACCACUUUAGAGCUCCCAGCAGGAUCUUCUGGACGACAGUCGGAGGCAUGUUGCCCCACAAGACCACGAGAGGCCAGGCUGCUCUGGAGAGGCUGAAGGUGUUUGACGGUAUCCACCCACCCUAUGACAAGAGGAAGCGUAUGGUCGUCCCAGCUGCUCUGAAGAUUGUGCGCCUGAGGCCCACUCGCAAGUACGCCCGCCUCAGCCGUCUGGCACAUGAGGUCGGUUGGAAUUACCAGACCAUCACAGCCACACUGGAGAAGAGAAAAGAGAAGGCCAAGCUACUCCUAAAACAAUGGUCAAUCAUGCGGAAAAGAAUGUCGAGUGCAAGAUUGCAGCAUACACAGCCGUUCUAAAAAAGUAUGGAAUCCUUGUCUGGUUUGGGAGAUGAGGACAGUCGGUGUUUGCUAAUGUGAGUCCAACAGCACCUCCAGGAUGAAAUUGACCACUACAAAAUGGAGAUCAAACGUCUGCAGUGUGACAUCGACAGUCACAAGGGAAAAUGAGGAUGCUGAAACACGACGACUGACUUCCCUCUCACUGAUGGGCACCUUAAGAAAUAACUUGGUUUGCGACUGUAAAUGCUUGAAAGUUAUUAAAGCUGUUCAAUAAAUUGUUUCAAUUGCAUGAAGAGAUUUGAGUUGUAUUCCUUGGAUCAACCUUAACAGUGACACCCUUGAAAUGGCAAUGUCAAUACAUCUUGUUUGCUCUAUGAAUAAAUUUGUAAUAUAAA